UAUUUUAAAAUAUCACGUUGUAUAAGCUUACUGUACAUAACUAGAUGACUAUUUACACAGCUGAUAACCUAGAAAAAUCUCUAAUCACGAUAAGUUGUAAUCUUAUAACUUGUACUCUAUUUUCAUGGUCAUGCACUUGGUGGGGAAAAAAUAAACGAAUAGUGAGAGCCACUUGUAAUAACGCAUUACGUUUAAGAUAAGACAAAUAUUGUAUUGAAUCUUCUUAAGAAUAUUUAUAAAAUGAAUACAGGUGAAGUAAUAUUUCAUUUAUCGGGCGGAAUAUCCUACUAUCAAUAGUAAUUAAAAACCACAAAACUAUGUGACCGCUGGGUAUAUACUUCCGUUGUCAAGAUCGUCUGAAGUACGCAUGCGCGUUGUCAUAGACUACAAAGUACACGCAAUCGAACACAGUUAAGAUGCGCAGAAAUAUACCAAAAUUCGACGUAUAGUUAGGUCGUUCUUUCGCAGUAAAUAUAAAUAAAGAGUGGAAAUAAAAAAAACUGUAAAUAUUAUUUCUUUUAAAGGCUGUUUAUAUGAAGCUUUUAAAGCCCAAGAAAGGAUUAUUGUGAUUAUUCAUAGUGUUUAUGAGAAGUAAGUUUUGAUAUAUUCGACGAGUAAAUAAGCAUUUGAUAAAGAGAAGUUUAUUUUUCUCAGACAUUUAGUUUUAAUCAUUUAUAGCUUUGUUUAUUUCCAGUCUUGAAACAUAAAAGAAAAACUAGUGACAUGAAGUUAGCUGCUGAAUAUCGGUAUUCGAUUCGAGCGCCAUUUGAUCGCGGUAGUGGGGAUAGAAGGGAGGUGUGGUAACGGUUAGGAGUGUCAUCCAACCACGAGAGGAGCUAGUAGCGUUUGCCUGGCAGUAUGAGGCGGCGUGGGGCUAGGGACGAUGCAUGGGCUGCGACUAGGAGGCACUUGGGAGGUAGGGAGGGCAUGCGAGCGGAGCACAGUUCAGUAGUCGCCAUUGCAAGUCCCCCGUGCUCUCGUAUUCGUGACACUCGGACGCGUGGAGCCGAUUUUACGCUAACCUAAUCUCCCCGCGAGGGCCCUAAGUGUGCCCCCCCGAUGCAGAGAUAUUGCACCGAGCUCACCGAAAGAUUGUUGAAAUCUCUUGAUAAGGAAUACAAUGUAAGUAGCGGGAUGAAUCCGCGAUGCGCCGUCCGUCCGUUCACGCAAACGGCUAUCGGGCCACUCUCGAUCCACCGUGCGCCGUGUGCCUGUACCAGUGGCGUGCGCGAGAGUCACUGAGAGUGUAGUUGUAAGCGACGGCUCCGCGUGUGAGUGAGUUAUACGUUUCCUGUGUGUACGUACGAACGUACGAUGCAAUGCCAGUCAGACGAACUCUUCUCUUUCCACGAGUGUGUGCGACGUCGAAACGUUAAACGCGUUUGUCGACCGUACCCGAAGCAUAACCUCAAUGUCGCAGCUGAAAUGCCCAACGACCGAAUACAACUGUUUGAAACACCUUCGUGCUUCUUUUUCUUUUCAGUCUCUUCUCUUUAUUUCAGAUUUUCGUCACCCCCAAAUCAUGUACCGUAUUGUCCACCUUUUAGUAUUAACAGGCGCAGUUCGCAGAAAGCUACGAAGUACCGAAACGUUUUGCAAGCAUUUUAUAUCUAUGGCCCGAUUGCCGUUUUAUCAUUGAACGUUUCUUACUGCACUGUAAUGAAAUUACGUUGAACGUGCUAUUGCUGAUGAAUUAUUUAGGAAAUUCAUAGACACGUGUUGAUUAUCUUGCAUGUUGCUGUUGUUCAAUAAAUCUUGUACAAAUUAUACUAUUAUUGACAAUUCUUCAUUUGCUAUUCAAAUAGUCAUCGACAUGGGAGCUGUUGUGGAUGUCAUUACGGCCCUGGAAAAGACGGCGAUCACAAAGGAGGUACUUGAGAUUACAAGACUUGGAAAAUAUAUUAAUGAACUUCGACGAAAAACAAAUAAUGAUGCCUUGGCUAAACGUGCGAAGGAUCUGGUACGACGUUGGCGUGAUAUGGUUUUGCCUUCUGCUCAUUCUACUCCACAACCCACACCAGCUGAUACAGCACCACCUGCUCUUAAUGGAGCAAAACCACAUAGUCCUGCAUUAAGAUGUUUAAAGCCACAAAGUCCAGCAUUGAGAGGUUUGGUACCUUCACAAAGUCCACUGUUGAGGGAUACCACUCCACUCAGAGUGCUUAGCCCAGUUUUGUCUGUGCAUAGUGAUCAUUCACAUUCUCCUAAUGCAUCAUCAAACAAGCAGUCAAUUACAGUGACCAGCAACCACAGAACAAGUUCUGAUGUGCCACCUACGCUUGGUUCUUCGAGCCAACAUCAUUCGAUGGAAGCAGUGCCACGAACUCACAGUUCAAACAAACGUCUUCGAAAAGAUGACCUUAAGGACCAACCUAGUUAUCAACAUCAUGGUUCAGACUCAAUCACCGAAAGUGAAUCCUUGGUUAAAAAGCAACGUCUCAACGGCGAAAAUAUAAGUGGUAAUUUAAAUUUGCAAGUGCCUAGCCCCACAUUUAAAGAAAGAAUCUCUGAUCAGUUUACGGAGUCUUCCACCGAUCCUGAUGAUUCAGGACCAAAGAAACGUGGUAGAAAGAAAGGCAGUAAAUCUAUGAAGAAGCAACCAAUUUUAGAAGAUCGUGUAAAAGAAAAACUAGCUAGUAUCUCAAGGAAUCCUAAAUUAAAGACGACCCAAGAAUUGCUGGCUGAUCUACGGGCACGCGGCACCAAUUCUAGCGUUAAUUCAAGUGCUCUACCUAGUCAAAGUGUAGAAUCACCCAGCAUGGAAGACAUUCUGAGAAGUAACAAUGAACAAGUAUCAAAGUUCCUUCGUUGUCCUCAGAACAAUUUAUCUCAUAGGAAUACAGUUUCUGAAGCCUCACCAGAAAGUCGGUUAAAGCCCACAGAAAACUGUCAUGAUGUACCAUCUAAGUGUGAAGAAUCAGGUGUAGUGUACAAAGAAAAAUCGGUUACAAAUUUUCAAAAAAGCCAACCAGAGCAGUGUAAAGAUUUAACAGUCGAAGAAAUACUGGCUAAGUUACCACCUAUAGAUCCAAGUUCGAUUGAUUGGAGUGAGUGUGAAACGGAAACAACCGAAGAUCAAAAUAGUACUGAAUAUCCACCUAGACAAGUUACAGCGGAAGACAUAGAAAGGUUACAUUCGCAGUGCAUAGAAGGACUGAAUGGAAACUUCCAACCAAAACUGUCGUCUUUAACUUCUUGUAGCGAGAGACAAGAGGUGAAGGAAGGAGUAUCAGAAAUCAAUGGUGUAAACAAUGUGUAUAGCCAAUCUGGCGAAGAAUUUCGAGAAUGGCAUCAGAUGCUAGCAAGGCCCAGUUAUGAUGGCCAGAUCCUCCACAUAUUGCCUUAUGUUAUUAUUGAUUAGUAAUUUUAUUAUCUUAUCCUAUUAUUAUUCUCAAACUUGUGAAGAUUCCCUACAAAUAUUAAAGAGAUUGAUCAAUGAUCGAUCUAUUAAACCAAUUUCUAUCGCAACUUAUGAUUGCUCUUUAUUUCUAUGAAUGUUCACGUUACUACCACCCUUGUCAUCAUUAAGAUUCCCAUUAUUAUACAAAUUGAAACUAUGAUUUUAAAUAAGCAAAUCAAUCUCUCUAUAGAAAUAACUGGAAAUCAUUUUUAAUAUAAUUAUCAUUGUUGACAACAUUGUUUGUUGUCACAGAGAUUAAGUAAUUGCUUUAUCAGUAACGAUCGUUUACUAUUAUGAUUAUCGUCGUUGUAAUCAUUUAUCAUCGUCAUCACCAUCAUCGUAAUUAUUGUUAUUGUUGUUAUUCUUGCUGCUAUUAUUAUUACUAUUAUCAUUUUCAUUAUUAUUAUUAUUAUUAUUAAUUAUUAUUAUCAUUAUUAUUCAUUGACACCGACAGCAUUUCUUACACAGAACUGGAGUAUAAAAACAUAUUUGGAAAAAAUCAAAAGACAUAAUAAUGGGCCUCUGAAAUAUUACGUAGCUCUAAUGUUCGUAACAGUGUAUCUAUAUUCGAGUCUUAAAUGUAUUCUUUUGAAUGCUUCUCUUUCGUCGUUUGUAUUAUAUUAUGAUCACUGCUAUUACCAUUCUUCAUAAUAUUACCAACAUUAUUGCUAUUCUAUAAAUAUUAGGACAAUUAAUUCCAGAUUUAUGAAAGAAUGAAAAAAUUGGAGCAUUGUUUAAUUAUUAUGAAUGAAAGAACUAAAACUUCAAACUAAAGAUUGAAAAAUUAAAGAGAAUAAUUAUUAUUUGAAUCUAUGCAGCUAUUUAUGUCAGACAAUAUACUGUAAUUCAUUCUUUUGUUGUAAAUCAAAUAUAAACGAUUUUGUUCUUCUGUUAAAAGGAAAAAUAAGGUACACAAUUAAAAUCAAACAGUGUGUUUUGGCCUACACAUAGAAGGAAAAAUUAUUUUGGAAAUUAUAUCCAUAACGAUAUUAAGUAUUAAAAGAAAUUCAUACGUCAAAAGCUAGGAUCAUCUCACUUACUGCAAAGUAUCAUUUGAUUUAUUCAAACAAAUAUUAUUUUAAGAUAUUCUUGAAGGACGAUGUUAGAAGAGAAAUAUAAAGAAUAAUUAUGGCAAAAGGUAUGGUUAUACCAUGCCAAGGUAAUGCUAUAAUAAUUCACAUGCUUAUCAAUAUAAUAUUUUGUUUAUGGAUUUAAAAUAUUUAUUAAAAUGUACAGAAACUGUCAUUUGAAUAUGAUGUGAAAAAUAAUUUUUUGGGCGUGGUAAAAGUAGUCGAACCGAAUAUAACGGGGCCUUAAUUAAAGUUUAAAAGUAAAAAAUGAUAUUUGUCUAAUAAGGUAUUAUGUUGCAUAUACUUGUAGCGAAGGUAACAUGGUUCAAGUAUGUUGUAAAUUUUUCUAUCACAAUUUUAUUUCAUACAAUGUGGAUAUAGCGCAGGAGAAUGAAAGUGAAAAUUAAAAAGGAAUUUUAUUUCAAGAAAAUUACAAUUAUAUUGAUGGGGAAAAUGCGUUAUGUGCAAUGUUCAGUGUUCCAGUGUGAUGUUUCAAAUGUCUUAAACAUGGAUUUUUUUUGUAACAAAAGAGAAUAAAAUAUUUAAUUAUCUGAAAGUGUAAAUAUCUGUAUCGUUCAAAAUCACGAAGCACUGGAACCAAAAAUAUACUAACAUUUUCUGUAAUAACCAAAUAAUAUUGUGUUAUGUAAAAAAUGAAAGAAAACAAAUGUACAUAUUAUGCAACUAUACCGUGUAUAAUGAAUGCUUUGUGAAACAUUAUGAAUUAGAAAAGAAAAAACCUCUCAGUUUAUAUGUGUUCAUUUUUUGAUAAUAACAAUUACCUUCAGUUUUGCUUAAUCGUUUUCUAACUAUCUAAGAUUUAUACUAGGCUUUCACUAAUAAAUUGGUGAAGAAGCUAAAAAUCAUAUUCUGAAAUCAUUUGUCACUUUGAAUUGAGCUUGAAAAUAAUGGUUAAAGAUAGUGAGAUAUUUCCAAAAUAAUGUAUAUACGCAUUUUUAUAGUUUCUCGUGUUUAUUGUCCAUUUAUAUUGAUUAAAACGCCUUGCUUUACAAAUAUAUAAUAAGUAUUUUGUUUAUACAGAUAUUUGUAUACCUUUGUAUUUAAGAUUAAAGACACAAGUUAAUAUAAUUGAAUAUCACAACAGUACACGUAGUUUCAAGAUUGUUGAAUAAUUAUUUCGAAUAAUUUCAAAGCAUAUAAUUUGAUUCAAGAUUACUUUUAAGUUAUCUAUAUGAUAAUUUAUUUCAUUUCUUUCAUUGUAUUCAUUCUUCGAUUAAUUACCCCGAUGUUAAAGGGAAUUUCAUUGAUUUAGCAUAAUUUUUAGUUGCCAAGAAUACAAUCUGUGAAAGUAUUUUAAUUUUCAUCAAACUUACUUGGAUGAGUUUCAAACAAAUCUUCAAUUGCAUCAAGCUAUAUGCUUUGCUAUCAUUAUGAUUGCAGAGCGUGCGUUGUUUAUUAUGUAAUGCAUUGAUAGCGAUUUAGUUGCAAAGUAACAAGUGAAAUAUUUUGUUCUAAUAAUGAAAGAAAAAAAAUUCUAUAUUUCUACACGGAUAUCCACUUCUUUAUAUGCAAUAUUUCGAAUUUUCAAUUGAACAUUAACCACGCGAUAAGUAUCUUUUUAUUUAUCGAAAAUCGUUACGGACGAUCGAUUAAACGAUUCGCAUAUUUUAUACUAAAAGCGCUUAUCUUCGAAAUGAAAUCCCGUGCCUUUUGUACCUCUGCAAUUUUAUCACGACUCGACGAUUGUUGAAAAAUGGUAUAUAAAAUAAUUGACCAAAUAAAAAUGAAACGAACUCGACGGUAGUAAAGCAAUAUUACUGAUAACACGUGAUUUCACUAUGGAAAUAUUUAAUUUUUAUUUAAUUACCAUCCGUUCGAUUUAUUGUUAAACCAGAGCCAAUACCUACGUAUUUAAAGUCCACCAACAAAUGCUAUUUGAAAGAGUUCAAUAAUAAACUAAGUUCGAAAACUA